UGAAAUUUGAUAAACAGAAAGUUUGUUAUUUUGAAUUUAAGUGAAGUUGUAGAUCCGAAGGGCUGUUAGAAUUUUUCAUUAUAUUUUGUAUCUUGUAAUCUAAGAAUAUGAAUACCAACGAAGUACUAAAAUUUGUAUCAACUAUAAGUAAUCAAAUAAUAGAGGAAAUUAACUCAUCUUCCGAAAUAUUUGAGAGAUACCUUAAUGAUUACAAAAAUGUACCAAUAAAAUUACAGCCUCUACCUAUAAUUUUGGAUUUCCUAAACAAAAUUGAUAAUAAAACAGCUGAAGAUAAGUUGGACAAAAUGUCUAAUAAAAACAGCAUAUUUUUAAAUAAACUCGAGAAAGAAAAGGAUGAAUUACAACAAAAACUGGAUGAUUUAGAAAAAUGCAAUAUUGAAGCAGAAAAAACAGUAAAAACUUUAGAACAAAAAUUAAUGAGUCUUAAAGCUAAACAAUCAAAAAUGGAUAAAAAAAGGGCUGAAAUAUUAGUCUACAAGUUACUGACUAACACAACUUUUUGUUAUGAAUCUAAUUGUGUCAAAGGCUAUGUUAUUGGUGAAUUUCCGGAAAAAUUUAAGUGUUUUGAUUUGAAUCCAAAGAAAUUAUCUUCCAAAGAAAUUACUGAUGCUUUAUAUGAAACAUUGAAUAAAGUUUAUAAUGAUCCAACAGAAGAAGAAGAAAAAGAUGAGGAGAAAAAGUUGCAAAAUGAUAUACAAACUUAAGAAUAUCUUUGAUUUAUCUUUUACAAAAGUUAAGUAUCUUAAGUAAUUUUACGUUUUGUAUAAAUUCCCAAUAAAAACAUUUUAC